UUGCCUGGGAGGGAUCUGCCGUCAGAGCCACCCAGGAAAGGAGGCUCGAUCCACUCAUUAAUAUUCCCAUGUAGUGACCCUGCUUCUGCUUCCCAGCCCUUCCCUUUCUGUGCGCUCUGCCUGCCGCGGAUGGCUGCAGCCCCCUCCAGCUGAGCCGAUCCUCCCUCCCCGCAGCAUUGCAGCAGCUCCGCAGCUCCCUGCAGCACCCGCUCCGCUCCGCAGCACCAGCAUGGCCAGCACCGUCUCAGCCUACAAGGAGAAAAUGAAGGAGCUGUCUCUGCUCUCCCUCAUCUGCUCCUGUUUCCACACCCAGCCCCAUCCUAACACCAUCUACCAGUAUGGAGAUAUGGAGGUGAAGCAGCUGGAUAAGAGGGCAUCAGGCCAGAGCUUCGAGGUGAUCCUGAAGUCCCCUUCAGAUUUAUCUCCUGAGAGCCCCAUCCUCUCCUCCCCCCCCAAGAAGAAGGACCUGUCCCUGGAGGAGCUGCAGAGGAGGCUGGAGGCUGCAGAGGAGAGGAGGAAGACCCAGGAGGCUCAGGUGCUGAAGCAGCUGGCGGAGAAGAGGGAGCACGAGAGGGAAGUGCUGCACAAGGCACUGGAGGAGAACAACAACUUCAGCCGCCUGGCCGAGGAGAAGCUCAACUACAAGAUGGAGCUGAGCAGGGAGAUCCGUGAGGCACAUCUGGCUGCCUUGAGGGAGCGGCUGCGUGAGAAGGAGCUGCACGCAGCUGAGGUCCGCAGGAACAAGGAACAGCGGGAGGAGAUCUCUGGAUAAAGGGCUUUUCUACACAUCUAGCACCUGAUUCCUGAUGAACAAACCAACCAAUCGACCGACCACCACAUUUGAUUUUGUUUGUCUAGAUGCAACCUUCGAUCCUCCAUCCUUCCCCCCCCCCCCCACUCCCCUGGUGUUCGUCCCCCAGCUACACGCUUCUCUAUCUCUGCAUCCUUAAUGUCAGUACUUGUGAGGAUUCACAGAUCAUAGGGACCUCUAAGCAGAAUAGCAACUAGUUCACAUGAAAUAGAGAACCAAUCGAUCGAUCAGUCAAUCAAACAGCUUCUUUGGAGGGUUUUGUCCUUUUUUAAAAACCAAUAUUUCUUAAACUGAUGUAAAAAAGAAGAAUUCAUAAGAUAUUAAUAAAUUCAACCAGCAGUGUCACAGAUCCGGAUUUCUUACCCGGGGCUUUUACUCCUCUUGGUGUUUGCUCUGAGGCAAACAGCAGUUUAAACUAAGUGGGAAUUGCUGUGUGUGAGGUGGAAUAGGGAAGAGCCCCGUGUUUGCCAGUGGUAGGAGAGAGGGACCGAGAGGGAUGGAUGGUGCAGGAGCCGUGGUAUGCAGAACCCCCCAGCUCGUGGCUGCAUCUGGAGCCAGCCCAGGCAGGCAGUGACCCAAUGUCCUCAUCUGUGCAUGGUUCUUUGGUAGCCCAUGAGGAAGGAUGUGAGGGUCUCUGCCCAGAGCUGGUUGGCAGCAGAAGGAGCCAGUGGACUGAGCCACCCUCUCCCCAUAGAGCAGGGACUGGGAGACCCACAGAUGAUGACUGCAUCCCCAAGUCCAUAGGAGCCCUGGGAGAGGGUGCUCGGUCUGCUGGUCUCCAGUACUCCCACAGCAUGUGAUAUCAGUCCAGUAGGAAAGCAAAUCCAACAGGGAGGGUGCAUGGUUGUGAAAUAGCCUUUUAGUGAACAGAGCCUCCCUCUUUCCAAAGAUGUAGGGCUCUUUAGUGCCGUUAGGAGGCAGGACACACCAGCUGCUCGGUACCUCCAGACCUGUGGCUUCAGAAGAGAUGGAGCUAAGGGGGAGCAGUUCCACAGUAAGGGUAAAGAGAUGUCCCCACACUCAUUCCUUGUCUAACUUUAGCUUUUCCAGACCUAUCUAUAAGACAAAAACGUCUCUUGAUGGAGGUAGGGAUGAGCAGAGAACAUGUGAGCAUUGGCAGUGAUGUCUGAUGUAAAUAGGUGACUGUCCAUGGACUUCCUCAUCUUCCAGUUUAUCACAGCUUAUGGAGGUAGCCAAGGCCCCAGCAGCCACCAUGCACUGCAAGGGACCCUGUGCUGAGACCCAGAGACCUGCUCACCCUCCCCCAGCCUGGAGAAACUCAAUGGAGAUGCUGCAUCUGGAAAGCAGGGAAUGGCCCUUCCACAAGGACACAGUGCUUGGGAUGCAGCCCUGCUGGUGCACGGCCCUGCAGCAGCUGUUGCACAGGAUUCAAUGGAAGCUGGUUCCCUCUGAGGCAUAAGGUAAAGGAAUUCCCACUCUGAGCAGUGCUCCAGGUCACUGGGUUGUUAGUUGCUAAAGGGAAUAACAGGGCAGUUAUGGGUCCCUCCAUCCUGGCUGCCCUGGGAUAAACCAAAGGGGCAUCAAGGCACUGAGAUGUGUAAUUGUCCAUAACCGAUGCCCUCUGCUGUGCCUCCAAAGAGCCUUACCGGGCAUGGGAUGCAGGAUCCUUGGGGAAGGAUGUAAGCAAGCAAGGGGUGCAGCCUGGGGCUGUGCUCUGCUGGAAGCAAUGAAGAGCUAGAGCAGAUGAAGGGUUUGCCCAGGGAAUAACGAUCCCAUUGGCCCUCUGAGAAGGGAAUUAUUGCUGGUUCUGGUCAGAAGCUGAAGUUUCUGUCUCCCCUGUGCUUUCAGUAGGUAAAGGUUGGAUUUCAGCUUGGGGUGAGCACCAGGCAGGCACAGAAACCCCAUGGAAAGCCAAAGAGAACAAACCCCAGGGCUCUUUGCUAAUCUCCCCAGGAUUCCCAGCUGGAUUUGGGAGGGAUCCCUCAAUGGCCAGAGUGUGAUGGCAGGGAAUUCUGCUCCUAAAAGGAAGGGCUACCUUAUUCCCACACCCUCCGCUUGGGUUUGGGGGGGGGGGGGGAACACGACAGGACUGUUAGAAAGCCCCAGUGCUGUCAGUGACUAAAAGCAACAGGAUUUAGAGCAAAGAGGGCAAAGGGAAGGGAAGGAAACUGAGGGUUGAAUUUCUUAACAGUAGCUAAAGAUCAGUUUCUAGUAGCAGCUGUCUUAGAUGAGCAUCAUUGUAGAGCGGCAUCACCUCCAGCAUCACCUCAUGCGUAGUGGCAAGAACUCUCAAAGUGUUGAAACACAAAUGCUAAUAACUUAAAAGUAACUUAAACAAACCUGUUUGUGUGUCAGAAAUGGUUGAAGCUGUCCAGUGUCUGUGUCCCCGCUGGGAUCUCAGAAGGUAUCUGCGAGAUAUUAACCCUGUCCUACUCUCUGUGGUGCUGAGUGUUUGCUUGGUGUGUACUUCUGACCUGAGGCUUGUUGUAAAUACUGUUUUUAGUACUAUGAUUAUGAUGAUUAUGAUGAUUAUUAUUCCCAGAAAUGUUGUGCUCAUGAGCAGGGGUUUAAAACGAGGGAACGACUGUUCCCACUCUCUCCUGGGGGCUCGGAUGGAGCCGGAUGAGGGCUGGCUGAUGGCAUGGGCAGGAUGCUGGACCAUGGAGCCGGAGGCAGCUGAGUCCUGCGGGCAGGGCGGUGGGAGCAGGGACAGGCUGCUCCUCAGGAAGGGCUGAGCGGUGGAACAGAGGUGAUGCUUCAGUUCUAGUGCAUAUAAGUUAGUGUAAACCCAAAGCUCCCAGUGUGAGGGGUCCCGGUUGUGCCCGGGGGAAGCAGGAGGAGCUGAUGAGGUUUGAUGUGAGCUGGAGGAGAAGUGGUUGAUGGUGGCUUGUGCUGGUUAGAGCCACCCCAUGAGCCUCCAUUGACUCUCUGGGCUCAGUUCCUGCCUGGAUCUCCCACCUCAGCCCUUUGUGCUUCCCCUGCUUCCUGCAGGCCAGCCUGGAUCUCAGGCAGGGACUGAUUCUUGCAAUAGCUUUGCCUGGCAACAAGUAAUGCCAUGUGAAACGCUCAGGAGUGGCCUGGCACACGGUGUGAGCACUGGGAAACUCCUUUGUCUCCCCUCCAUUGGGUCGGUGCUGUGAGGGACAGUGGAUGCGGCUGGAAAACGCGUUCCUGCAGGGAUGCACAGGGAGAGGUUUGCACCGGUAACGUCAGGUACCUGCUGCCGAGAUGCGUUGUGCCAAGGAAACCACCUCAUCCAUAGGAGAGGAUGUGUGCCCGGUGCAGAUGCAUGUGACAGGGAUUUAGGGAGCUCGGUGUUUGUCCAGUGCCACUGGACGCUAUCAGGGAAAUGUGUGAUUGCUUUGGCUGCACCAGUGCCCGUGGCUCUGUGCCCGACUGGCAGCACGUGGCAUGGGCAGGGAUCAGGUUGUUCCAUGUCCUUUCCAUAUCCCAGGGUUGUUAAUGGUUGUGUGCAGCAGCAUACUUCACACCUCAGCUGAGACUAAUCAAGUAUCCUCAUUAACAUCCUUACUGCCCCAGCCUCCCUCAUUCCCAGCCCAUUCCCAUGAACCCCACCAUUCCCAGGACCACCUUCCUUAUGAUAAGGCUUGAAGUUCUUCCUUGAUUCCCAUAGGUGUUUAUAACCAAGCUUUGUAACUUGGCAGCCCCCUUUCUGCAGCAGCACAUGGACACAAGACCUUGUGCUCGGUAGGGAGAGCAUCCUUGAGGUGGGUGGCAGCAUCCUUGAGGUGGGUGGCAGCAUCCCUGCCUGGACCACGAAGGUGAGGGAGCAAAGAGAUGGUGACAGUUUAUUCCAUGCAUGCAUAUACCUUCCAAAGAGCACUCCUGGGGAAGGGCCCCUGGUUUGGGCAGAGAAGCUGAAGCUGAAUGAGCUCCCAGUUGAGCAAAGAGCUCAGCUCUCUCUGUAAAUGGGUGCUUUCAAGGAUGCUGCUUCUAGACUGAGCCUAUUCCUUGUCUCCUUUCUGAGUCAUUACAACCCCUUGCUGUAACCCAGACCUUUGAGCUGAGCUCCCAGGGAUGGAAGCACUUCACUGCAUGCAUCCUACCCUGGGGGUCACUUGGUAUCACUGCUCCCCUUCCACUGUAGCCUUCAGCCUUCUUGCUUUUGCUUCACCCGGUGUGACUCUGGCCUUGGCUCUGCAGAGCCUGUCUCCUGGGGUUCCCAGUCUUCCCUCCCUCCCUUGCUGUGGCUGCACACACAGACAUGGAAACGAGAUGUGCACAUACACCCUUCACACCACUUGAAAUGGUCAGGGAAUGACUGUUUACGGUGCUAGGGAUUUCUUACCAUCCAUGCUAGGGAUGAGAGGACAAAGCAAGACCAAUAAACCCCACCUUUGGAGUCAGCUGUCUUUAAGUAAAGCAGAAGAGGGGCACUGGGCAGUGGUUGGGUGCUCCGGGGUCUCCAGGGAAGCAGCAGGACCCACUGUGGCAUCCCAACACCCCCGAGCCUCAGUUUCCCCAUCCUAUGACAAGGGGAUGCUGAUGCUGGACCACGGGAGAGCCACCACAUCCAAACAGCUCUGAGAAUGGGAAGUCCCAAAGGAUGGAGUCAUGGUUCACAAUUGGCCACCCCAGGAGGAACCAACCGGCCCAUGGCCACAGCAGAGGUUUGGGAGGCUGAGCUGUAACCCCAGGGCUCAGCACCCUGGGCAGGAUUCACACCUUUGCUCGUGGUGGGGUGGAAGCUGGAGCGGGGUCAUGGAAGGGCUUUGCAUCCCUCACAGAGCCUUGUCCGGUUCCCUUUGGUCAACCACGUGCAUUUCAUUGUCAGCCUGAGGUUGUUGUUGUGCAAAAGAAGUGAUGAUGAAACAAAGAAAAACAGGAAAUAAAGUUGGUAUGAAACCUGCCUCCAUCUCUCUCCAUCGCUUGGUUUAGUUCUGAGGCUUCUCUUUGUAUUGUGAGAAUACCAAUAAACUGCAUUAAAUGGAAAACUGACCUAAAGGUUGCACAAAA